ACGCUUCCCUAUUAUACCAGUGACCGGAUAAGUACAUUGUUUCCUGUAUUGUAUUCAUGUUAAAGUAUUUAUAAUUUAUUUUCUGAUAGUAUAGAAUACACCUUUAGCGUUGUACAUUUGUGUCUAAAACACGAGUGUUUGUCUACAUAUGUUUGACAUAAGCAGACGUUGAUUUAAAAGUUUUAAUAACAAUAACAAUAAAAAAAAGACACAAAGUUGGAUGUAAAAGAAGCUAUAUUUACAAUUUGUAAUAUUUUACCGUGUACAGUAUCGGAUAGUGUGCAGUAUAAUUUUCAGUCAGAAUGCGGAAUGUCUGAAUGGAUUUUUAUUUAAGUCUCAGUGUCUGUUUGUUGUAGAGUAAAUUGCGACUGACGCAAAAUUAAUAUAAUAAAUUUGAUUAUUUAUUGACAAAUAUGAAAACAGAACAGUACAGAUUUAAACUGAUAAAGCGUUACUUUUUCAGCAGGAGGAAUAGAAAGUGCGUGUUAUGUUUUUGUUUAUUUUCCGCGUAUAUGGCAGUUCUUAGACCUUUUACUGGAGAGUUGGUGUCGAGAAUUAAUGUAACCGUGGACUCUAGUGCGUUAUCACAGCGGUUUACAUUACAAAAUAAAACUCUCAUGUUCGGUAAAUAUUUCGGACUGUCCUCGAAACAGAUAAUUCAUGAGCCGGAUAAUAUAUAUAAUAAAAGCAAAUCUAAAUUUAGUAAGAACAAGGAUAUAAAUACAACAGCAGAUGUACGUGUGGCGGAGUUUGGACCUAACGUAAAGUCAGCUGCCGGCAUGAAAUAUUUGAUGGAGAACAAAGACUUAUGUAAGACACCAGAAGGAUUGUUAGUUAUGAUCAUGGUCCAUACAGCCCCUAAGAAUUAUAAUAAAAGGAUGGCUAUAAGACGAACGUGGGCAAAUAAUUCUUACUAUACCGAAUUGGGAACUGUUCAAACAUUGUUCUUACUAGGACAGGUUAGAAACGAAACUUUACAGCGGGAAAUAGAGCACGAGUUUAACGUGUACGGGGAUCUCGUGCAGGGAGACUUCGUUGAUUCUUAUUACAAUAUCACAUUGAAAGGAAUUAUGGGAUAUAAAUGGUUACACGAACGAUGUCAAAACGUAAAAAUUAUACUAAAAGUUGACGAUGACGUCAUUAUAAAUAUGUUUACGUUUUUGAAACAUUUUGCACCAACGUUCCUUAAAAAGGAUAAACACAUGGCGUGCAGACGUUUAAUAAAUUCUAGGAUUGAUCGAAAUAAAAAGUCGAAAUGGUACGUGGGUGAAAGUGCAACGUUCAAAAAUCGCAAUGUUUACCCACCGUUUUGUCAAGGUUUCGCUGUAGUUAUUUCUAAUGACGCAAUUUUCGACCUCUACAAAUCGUCAAUAAUGACGCCAUUUUUCUGGAUUGAUGACGUCUUCCUGUACGGAUUAACGCCGGGGAAAGUUCCGGCGAUGAACUAUACUAAUCUAGUUUAUGGUAAAACUGUAAUAUGGGGUGCUGAUAAAGCCAUCAACUGUUACAAGCGAAGCGUCUGCAAUUAUCUUGUUGUUUUAUUAUGGUCAGAUAUACCUAAUAUGAUGGAGGCAAUAUGGCGUCUUAUGCAAAGACAGUACCAUACAACGACCAACACAAGUAACAUAAACUAAUGAAUAUGUUCUGUCAUCAGAUGAAUAUUCUGUAUUAAAUACAGUAAAUAUUUUAAUCAAG